CUCUCACACACACAAACACACACGCACAUACACACACACACACACAUACAUACCCAGACGCACACGUACAAUACUUCAGAUCUUAACGAUUAACUUUUACAAUAAACUAGCCUGCAUGUGUAUGUCUAUGCUGUUUUAUUUUUUGUUAGCUUGGUCUAAUGUAAUAUAAAUGAUUCUUGUAUACAUGAUUCUUAAAUCUGGGUGCAGAGAGAUGUGUGAUAGAUCAUGUUUAUAGUUCCCUAAUGCAGAUUAUUGACAGACAGGGCUUAAGAGCACUUGCAUUAUUUACUUGUGCACCAGAGGGAGCAGGGUGUGUGUGUGUGUUUGUGUGUGUGUGUGUGUGUGUGUGUGUGUGUGUGUGUGGGUGAGAGAGAGGGGGUUGAAGGUGGCCUGUCAUCACAAAGUUUCUUUAAGUGAUUGAUACCAUACAGCUUGAAUAAUAAUAAUAAGUGUUAAAAUUUGACUAACCCAGUAAAGUAGUCUGCAUUGAUGUAUAAAGUAACAUGAUCGAUUUGCACUGUUGUCCUCCGCUGCUCUAUUCUGUAGGACAAGCUUCUCCUCGGGGGCAUUAAUGCUGAAAAAACAUUAGAUUGAUGCGAUCAUAUCACAAACAGCUUCAUAAAUGUAUUUUUAAUCAAUUGUUUAAAAACGGGAACAACUUUGCGUGGUCAAACUGUGAACGGUCUGAAACAUCCCCGAACUAAAAAGAGACUCCCCCUCAAAUACAAAACAGAACAAGACCCAAUGUGACCGCCGCUCAAAUGUGACAUUACACAGCCAGUGUGUUUUACAUACUUUCGGCAGCUGGUUGCACGGGUUUCAGAUUUUUGGGGAGGAGAGCUGUGCAUUCUAAAACAGAGUUAUCUUGAAAAUCGUCCAUUGUCGCCCGGCAGUUUGCCACUGAGUCAUAUCCACUGAUGUCCCACCUCUUUCCUGUUAAUACGCACUCCUUUUUUCUUCUUGCUCUCAUAUAUACUGUCUCAUCUGUCCUGUCAGAUAUCGCUGUAAGUGGGAGAGUGCCUGUCUGGAAAACAAGCAGAAGAAAACCUCACUUUCAGCAUCACUCAUUCUCACCAUGUCUUACCAACCCGCCCAAAACACCCAUGACGGCGCCUACAUGUCGCUGAUGAGUGGCUUGAGAGAGUUGGAUCUCCGUGGCACCAGUGUUCCCAGCGACCUGGUUCUGAUUGGAGACCACGCCUUUCCUUUGGCAAUGAACAGCCGAGGCCAGGUCCUGAUGGCUGCGUCUCUGUACGGCAGUGGGAGGAUUGUAGCUCUGGGUCAUGAGACCUACCUGACGGCCUUCCCGGCUCUCGUGGAGAACGCUCUCACCUGGCUGAGAGGCGAUGGAUCCGACAACCUGUCAGUGGGGGUCCAGAAGAAUGUCACGGCAGUCGCUGAUAACCUCAGCAAAUCCAGCUUCCAAGCCAAAGUGGUGGGGGCUGUUAGUGACGGUCCCGGUGUAGGCGUGUAUGUGACAGAUGCCUACAGUGUGGGUGCAGACCCGAAGGACCUGGUGGCAUUUCUGAAAGGUGGAGGAGGAGUGCUAAUAGCAGGUCAGGCGUGGAACUGGGCCCACAAUCACCCUAAGAAGAACACGCUGCUUCAGUUUGAAGGGAACAAGGUUUCUGGUGUGGCAGGGAUCUACUUCUCUGAUCGUUAUGGUGAGGCAGAGUACCUGCCUGUCUAUCCUCAAAUCCCAACCUCCUGGAAGGCGGUAGUAAUCGGCAAGGAUUUUGAGGAUGACUUGAAGUUCUUACUCCAGGGAGUUUCAGAGUUUGACAUCCAGGGUGAAUCAGUGUUUUCUGACCUCCUGGUCCAUGGUCCUCUGGCUUUUCCUAUUGGGACCACAGACCAUGGACAGACAUUUCUGGCAGGAGCCUACUAUGGACUGGGUCGAGUCAUAGUGAUUUCGCAUGAAGAAUUUAUUGGAUCAGAGCCAAUGGCCCAGUUUUGGAACAAUGCCAUUCACUGGUUGGAUGAAGGCCGACGUGGGGUCAUCGGUGUAUUGCCUGAUCAUGCCAUGAAAGUUCUCAGCGAGUCAGGGUUACAGUGUGAGAAGACAAACUUCAGGAAAGACCUGAGUGUGUUUGUGUGUACAGCGUACAGCACUGAUCACAUGGAGGAAAUCCAGAACUUCGUGGCAGAGGGAGGAGGCCUGCUGAUCGGUGGACAUGCCUGGUACUGGGCACAGACCCACUCUGGGCAAAACACAUUGAAAGACUUUGCAGGGAACAAGAUCCUGAACAAAAUGGGCGUGAGCCUGUUGGGAUCAACAAUCAGAGGAGGUGUAUACAAGGCCCCUGUACCAAGCCAGGCCGUCCAAGACACCUACCACUUCCGCCACCUUCUGCGCCGCUUUGCUGAGCAUGUGACCAAGGGCGAAGAACUUACUAAGCAUGAGGAGGAAUGCCUUGAAAGGCUGAGCGUGGACUGUUGUACCUACUUGAACCUGAAGGCCCAUGACUGCUACUCCUAUGUGCAGAUUCUGUCCACCCUCACUGAUAUCUUAAUGAGGUCGGGCAUGCCACAGGUGCGUGACAGCUGUCCUGUGUCGAGUGCCGAAGACCACCUGUUCCUCAAUGUGGCUCCAAAGGUAUAUCAGGUUUGCCCAGAUCCUGAUGCCCUCCUGCCCUACCUCAUCAAGGUUAACCCUUUGAAGUCACUCGUCCAAAACCACAGGAUCAAGAUUAAUGUUAACACAGCAGGAUGGGAGGAGUGGAUCAGUACAGGUCUCUACCUAUCUCCUGGUAUGAAGACGUACAUGUCCAUACCUGCAGAGAUGAUCAACAAGGGAUGGAAGAUCCAGAUUGGCUGUCAGACAGACAGACUGAACCAUUCAGAGUUGAAGAGAGCACCACGUGUUCAUGAACAAUUCCCCAUAACCACGGAAAUGGUUCAGGUGUGGAACCUCUGGGGUGGACUCAUCUACCUGGUGGCCCCGGGCAACACACAGGUGGAGGGGUUACAGGUCAUAGUGCAGAUGGCAGUACCUGCGCCAUAUUACAAAUCAGGCAUGACAACAGCAGCCGAGUGGUCCACGCUGCGCACUGCUCCCUCGCCCUGGGCAGAGUUGGAGUUUGAAAACAUCAUCAUCACUGUACCAUCGGAUGGGAUUCGGGACCUGGAGCGCCCCGAUGAGUUGGCGGCACACUGGAACACCAUCAUGAGGGCCAUUGCUGACCUGGCGGCCAUACCACACAAAUUUCCACGCAAAGAACGCUUUGUAGCGGACGUGCAGAUUUCCCUUGGUUGGAUGCAUGCAGGCUAUCCUAUCAUGGUGCACAGCGCUUCAGCAGCUGAGCUGGUCGACUAUAAAAAUGCCAAGAUUAAUGGCAUGUGGGGGCCAAUCCAUGAACUGGGACACAACCAGCAGAGAGGCUGCUGGGAGUUCCCAUCACACACCACAGAGUGCACAUGCAACCUCUGGUCAGUGUAUGUGCAUGAAGAGGUUUUCGGGAUCAACAGGGCAAAGGCUCACCCAGAUCUUACUUACGAAAAACGAAAGACACAAACACAGGAGUAUGUUAAGGGGGGCAGGAAACUCGAUGACUGGAAAUUGUGGAUAGCCCUUGAGACGUAUUUGCAGCUCCAGGAGAAGUUUGGCUGGGAUGCCUUUAAGAAGGUGUUUGCUGCCUACCACAAGAUGGGCGACGUUCACGGUGACAACGCAAGAAAGAUGAACCUGUACGCUGAGACUUUCUCCCAGACUGUGGGGAGGAACCUGGCUGGAUUCUUUAAGGCCUGGGGUUGGCCCAUCGAGCCAGCCACAGAAGAGAAACUCUCCAACCUGCCCUCCUGGAACGACCAUCCCUUUGUCCAGUAAUCUGAAUAUUGUCAACUGAGUUGAGAUCUCUCUGCAAAACUAUCUUACAUGUGCAAGUGAAAAGGACAUUUUCAUCUAGUCCUGUUUGGUAUCUACUAUCAUGCAAAAAUGUCUCAGAACUACAGUAAGGUUGAUGAAUGUAGUAACUGCAAUUGCUGCUCUGCUGUUUUACAUAGUAAUCAUGUUUUAAAGUAACUAGGAGAAAAAAGGGCCAUAGGAGCUGAGGUUCAAAUGUGAUGCUCUGUAUACAGGAUAAACAACAGACAACACACACACAAAAAGUCAUGCAGUGUGUCUAUAAGGUGAUGAGAGAAGAGAGAGAGAGAGUGGAAAGGUUUAUAUAGUGAAGCAACAGAAAGAUCUGGGUUGUUCUCUGGAUGGUUCUUCUUCGGUUGAGCUCCUCGGGAUCAUCCAUCGCGAGACAAGAAGAGAGAUACAUUAUCUACAUAUAGCCUCAGCUCUUUAUGUAUUUUAUCAUCUUUGUAUCUUUAUCUAAUUGAGCUAUCUGCUUGCCACGCUUCAACAUUUCAAUAAACAUUUAAAUUGCA